UACUUUUGAUAUUCUUUACGUUGGUUGUUCUUGGGUUUGUUUUGUUUCAUACUGCACCCACAAUCCGGUGCACACGUCGAUCCGUCCAUAUGUUUCUUACGUUUCAUAUGCGUUCGUGUGUGCGGUGACUAUAUUUCGGUGAAAAUGUUGUUAGAAAACGAAGGGUUUCUCAGCGAGCUUACACGUAUGUUUAAAGAUUCCCGAACGAAAGGGGCUGUAACGAUGACAAUGAAGAGAUAUGAUGGUCGUACAAAGCCUACUCCGCGGGCAGGAAGAAAACCACUUCCAGAACCAACUGAGUACAUGUGUUUAAUUCGAGCAUCUCUGAGAAAUAAGAAAAUAAGCACUGUGGUUCAUCCCAAGGAUGUAAAUAAAUUUCAACAAGCCUAUUGUAACUUACUUAAAGGAAAUCUGGAUGGGCUUAAGAAACUAAAGAAAACGAAAACUAAAGCAAAAGCUACUCAAUGAUGAAGAAAGUGAAAAUGUGUUAUACCCUUUCUUGAAAUUGCAACUUUGUCGUGAAUGACAUGAACAAUGUGUUGAUAUUUUGAGAUGUCAAUAUGACACCUUGCUAUUUCAAUAGAGAACUGGUGAUAAAGUAUAGGAAGACUAUCCCCUAUAUAGACAGUUCUCAUUGUGUCAAGUUGUGAAAUGGCAGUUUCUAUUGUACAGAGAUUUAAUUUUCUUUUUGUCAGUGAGUGAACCAAUGUGCUCAAAGAAUUUUAUUGUGCAUUCAUGUUUAUUAAUCAUAGGCUAAUAAAUGUUUAUUUCUCAACCUCGUGGGAGAAGGAAGAAAUCUGCAUUAAUUUUUUAAAAAUAUUUUUAGUAAGUGAUUUCCUAUCAAUAUUUCAUUUCUAAUUUUACAUUGAGAUAUAUAAAGAACAUAUAACAGUAAAUUGAAGACAACUUAUCAUUACCAAGUUGAACAAUUAUUUAUAGAGAUAGCUUUAACUUGUAGACUUAAAUUAAUACACCUAACUUCCUGAAAAGUAAAUUUAUUUUGAAAUAUAAUCAAUACUGUAUUGUAAAAGAUUUUUUUGAAUAAUUUUCUGUAUAAUUUUAACAGAAUGCAAUUGUGAUUGAAUUAAUUCACAUUAUAAUUAAAAAUAGUUCCAGUUGAAAAUUUUUAAACACUUUCUUACUUCCUAAAAGAGAAUGUGAUAACAUCUUUUAUUUGGAGAAUUAUCAAAGAGUUCUAGCAUCUAAAAGAAUAACUAAAAUGUGGAUAAUUCAAAAUGAAAUGGCUCACCACUUUCAUUUGUCUACACAUUCCUGCUAGAAAUUGUAAGAAAUUUUUACUAUACUUCGAUUUAUUUCAAGCUUUGUUUGACAUCUCAUCAGCUGUUAUGGUGUGAUCCAAUCAGGAGCUUACACAUCACAGUGGUGUUGUUCAACCUCAAUAGGAUGACAAUAGCUGAUUUACACCAAAUGAAGUAAUGUUCAUGGAGGAAUAUAUAUUAUUUUCUAAUUAUAUUAAUUAUAAAUAUUCUAUAUUCCUCCCUGCUAAGUUUAAAUCAAAGUAUAGAUGGGUGACUUACUGUCACUUUUGCAGUUUACACGCUUUAAGGCAGAAAACGUUUCUACCUCACAUGUAAUUUACCAUCUAAAUAUACUUUUAACAAAUGGAGCAAAAUUAUUGAAAUUCCUUGUCCCUAAUACAAUUAAUUUGUAUUGUUUUAAGCAUCUUUCCUUUCAGCUUAAAACAAACAUUUUGAAUUUUCAUAAUUUUAAAAUGAUCACGCCUAA